UAUGGCGUCAGGCGGUUAGUCAGUUACCUGGAUACAGGCACAUUUUUAAAAUUAUUGUCGUUUUGAGUAAAUAUAUAAGGCAGUCGGUGUCUUCGAUAUGAUGGGCUACGUUUAGAAACGAUGUAAGCCUGUUUUAAGUUGAUAAAUUGUGUGUAUUUCGGUUGGAAGAGUGAUGGAUUCUUUCCUUGACGCUGGACUGACGCUGUGCUAACACGGUUGGCUAGCCGUUAGCACGCUCGGACAGGCAGCUGCUCGGUGUGCGGGAGUAUCUUAGACCCAUGACGGAGGCGGAGGAACUGCGGCCCGUUCCCCGGGAGCGGGCCAUCCUGGAGAGUUUCUUCACGCAGCUCGGCAUGUUUUCUUUCGAUCGAGCCAAGGACUACGUGGAGAAGGAGAAGGACAACAGCAAGAGCGCCGGGGCCAUCUGGGCCGCUCUGCUGGCCGCUCUGGCUCACCUGGCCGCUGCGGAGAAGGCGUACCACAACAUGACAUUCCUCGGACAGAAAAUGGGUGGCCAGUCCUUCUUCAGCCGUAAGGACUCCAUCCGCACCAUCUACACCUCCCUCUACAACGAGCUCAGGAAAGUAGUGACGAUGGGUCGUCACAGCCAACCGGGCUCCACCUCCUACCUGGAGGACCUGCUGUCGCACCUGUCGGAGCAGCUCUGCCACUUCACCCAGGCCCGCAUGGAGAUGGCCGACCUGUACGAGAAGAUGCACUCACUGGGCAGCCAGAAAAGCAUCAACUCAGAGGAGCUGGUCACCACGCUGGAGGCCGUGCUGCAGAAGUACAGCUCCAAGUUCCACCACCCCAUCCUGGGCCGUGUGGAGGAGGGCUUCCAGACAGAGGUGGACGUGGUGACCCAGUUGCUGCGCUGCCAGGCCCAGGUGUCAGAGUGGCAUUUCCUGCCCGCUCUGCUCAGCCUGCACGGUGCCAACUCCAAACUCACUGCCUGGGGUCAGCUCUUCCAGCGGCAGAAAGAGACCCGCAAGCAUCUGUUCGGAGGUCAGUCCCAGAAGGCCGUGCAGCCUCCGCACCUUUACAUGUGGCUGCAGCGCUUCCAGGCGGUGCUCCUCGCCAAGUUCAGCUUUUACUUCCACGAAGCCCUGAGCCGGCAGACGGCCCCGGCUGACAUGAGAGCCCUGACUGCCCGCACCACGCCAGACUACCACGGCAAAAUCUGCUCCUUUAUCCGCAAACACGAUGCAAGCAACGUGUCUCUGGUAUUUGACAACCGUGGCUCAGAAAGCUUUCAGGGCCACGGCUACCACCACCCGCACUCAUACCGGGAGGCACCGAAGGGCGUGGAGCAGUUCCCCGCCGUGGUGUCCCUGCCGUCUGGAGAGCGCCCGCUCACACACUGGCCAAACGUCAUCAUGAUGAUGGGAGACCGCGCAGCAGAGCUCAACACUCUGGACAAGGUGGUGCACUUCUACGAUGAUAAAGUGCAGAGCACCUACUACUUGACACGCCCCGAGCCACACUUCACUCUGGUGGUUAUCUUUGAUGGCAGGAAGUCAGAGAAGGACCUGCACAUCGCUGCUUUCCUGCAAGAGAUCUCAGGCUCGCUGCGAAACUCCAAACCCUUCAGCACUCUCAAACCAGGGUCAAAGGGCUGAGUUGAUGAGGAACCAUUUCUUACACAUCACUAAGAUGUUCAUGUGACAUCUUCUUUUGGGAACUUUUCUGCGGUCCAACUACUGAUUGAUUUAACAGCCUUUAUGUUGCUUUGAAUCUCAUUUUGCCAAAAACGUUCCAGACCAAAGAUAAUGUUAUUUUACCUGCAGAUUCUUCAAUCUUGACAGUGUGACACAGUAUGUUGUUAACCCUUUAUUUAAAAUGUAUCAAGGAUUUUAAUUAUUUUGCAUCAUUACCUGUUUUAGCAGUUCUUUUUAAUAGCUAACAUUCACUGUGCUUGAUUAAUUGAAAUAAAGUUUUGAGAUGA